UCUCCACCCCUCGGAGAAUUGGUUCGCGCGCGCUCUCUCUCUCUCUCUCUCUCUAGGGUUUGAUUGUUGGUAUCCGGGAAGAGAAGAUACGGUUUGAUGGCCGGUACCGGAAUCCAUCCAUACCACCAACAGUGGGCGCCGGCAGGUCCUCCUCCUCCCCCUCCUGCUCCAGCCGCCGUUCCCCACUACCAACCUCCACCUAUGCACAUGGAAAACCCUAAUCGCCUCUCUACCGAUGAGGUUCGAACUAUAUUCAUAUCGGGUCUCCCAGAGGAUGUGAAGGAGAGAGAAUUACAGAACUUGCUGAGAUGGUUACCUGGUUACGAGGCUUCGCAAGUCAAUUCCAAAGGGGAACACCCUAUGGGCUUCGCUCUCUUUACUACUCCUCAGUUUGCCAUUGCUGCCAAAGAGGCCCUUCAGGAUAUGGUGUUUGAUGCUGAAUCCAAGUCCGUGUUGCACACUGAGAUGGCAAAGAAAAAUCUCUUUGUCAAAAGGGGGAUUGUGGCUGAUUCUAAUGCCUAUGAUCAGAGUAAACGUAUGCGAACUGGUGGUGACUAUACACAUACUGGUUAUUCAAGUCCUUCUCCAUUUCAUCAGCCCCCGGCGCCUGUCUGGGGUCAUCAUGGGUAUAUGGCUCCACCACCAUCAUAUGCAGCUCCACCACCACCAUAUGACCCGUAUGCAGGUUAUCCCGUUCCUCCAGUACCAAUGGCUCCUCCUGCCCCCGUAGCAGCACCUAGUAGUUACGUUCCUGUUCAGAAUAUUAAAGACAACCCUCCUUGCAAUACCUUGUUUAUUGGCAAUCUCGGGGAGAAUGUAAAUGAGGAUGAAUUGAGGGGCCUUUUUAUCAUGCAACCUGGGUUUAAGCAGAUGAAGGUUUUGAGACAGGAAAGGCACACCGUUUGCUUCAUUGAGUUCGAGGAUGUGAACAGCGCAACAAAUGUUCACCAUGCUUUGCAGGGUGCUGUCAUCCCCAGUUCUAGUUCUAUUGGCAUGCGGAUACAAUUCUCGAAGAACCCAUUUGGGAAAAGAAAGGAUUCCAUUCACCCAGCCUCUGCUGUUGGUACAAAUGGAGCUCCACCACCUCCGAUAAAAUUGGAACAUCCGAUCAAGUUGGAACAAUACCAGUAGCUGGAAGGGGAUGUACUCUGUUCUCUAUGCUUCAACAAAUACAAGUACCACAUGAUAGGAUGCAUCAUGCAGCUGUUGCACGCAUCCAUUUCAUCAUCAAGUCAUCAGCAUUAGCAUAUAUGCGCAUGUGAAUGAGUGCACUUAGUGCUAUCAUUAACAUAUAAUUUAUCCAUGAUGUUCUCAGUCUGCAGCAUCUCAGAAUGCUUGGAUAACUAUGGAAGUGGUGCAUGAGCUUGUAGUGUUAUUGGAUUUUAAUGAUUUUCUAUCCAUCUUGGUCAUGUUGUUCAUUAACCUUAGGAAUGCUUCUCUAAAUUGACAUGUUGUUUUGAUUGUUC